AUGAAUAACGUUAAUAAUGUUAAUAUCAACGUCCAGUGCGAAUGCUACCAUCGUCGUGGCCUUCUCUACUACGCGAAUCCUUUGGCUUGGGGUCGUCCUUGCCGCAGAUGUCGUCGCAUGAUGUCCAGAAACAACAUUGUGGUGUCCGUGCCAGCAAACCAGAUGGCUGUGCCAGUGCAGACCACCACCACCACAGUGAUGCCUGCCCAGUGUGCAACCCAAUGGCAGGAGCCACAGACUAUGUCCGCUCUGCCGCCCAAGUACGAUCAGGCUGUGGCAGCUCACUAAACGACAACCUAUGGAUCUUUUAUGAAACUUAAUAAAAACCAAAAUAAAUUUCAAUCAAGAACAUUGCAAAACUGCAUUAGUGAUCAAUUUGGAUGUUUUAA